UCACAUUGUAUUCUGUUAUGGGACUACUACCAGACUGACUGAUCAGUUUGUUAUCUGAAGUAGGUUGUUCUUUUUUUUAUUGUUACCAGAAGUUCUUCACGUUUGCCCGAGAGAAGUGUGAUGUCAGCUACUCAGAUAGAGAUGCGGACUGGAGCCCAAAGCAAUGUCCUGCAGGCCUCGAGGUGUUCUGCACCCAUAAUUAUUCUUACUGAAAGCACUCCAGUGACAUCCAGGAAGGUUCAGUCUGUAGAACCCUCCACAACCCAAACCACACCAGAACCAGACCCCACACGUAAAAGUCAAGAAGUCCCCCCAGCUCCAGCAGAGCAGGACAAGUUCUUCUCCAUGAUCAGGCACUCUCAGAGAGGCCGUAUGGAUGAGCAGCGCUGCUCCAUAGACCCUAGCAGGAGCUCCCCCUCCACACCGAAGAAAACUGCUUCCACAGUUCCCUCAGGCCCUGAAGGUGACCAGUUCUUCAGGCUCCUGGCCAACACUCAGGGCCGCAGGCUGGACGACCAGCGUGUGUCACUGCCUUCGUUACCAGGGAUACAGAAAGCCAGUAGCACGUCAACGGCUGGACAGGACUCUAACUACUUGUGUUACAUGGUCUCCAAAGUCCAGAGUUCCCGGAUGGAGGAGCAGAGGUGUUCUUUACCCCAAAUCCACUUGAGCCAGGGGUCUCCUGCUGCCCAAAGGAAGAACUGCCUAGAACCAGGCUCUUCUAGCAGAGGUCCUCCAAGAUCUGCCUCCUUUAGCCCAGGCUCAGAGAUAGAAAGGCCCAACAUCAAGGAUAAACACACCCAGGCUCAGAAGGUCCCCCCGGCGGCGGAGCAGGACAAGUUCUUCUCCAUGAUCAGUCACUCUCAGAGAGGCCGUAUGGAUGAGCAGCGCUGCUCCAUAGACCCGAGCAGGAGCUCUCCCUCCACACCGAGACACAGUGGCAGCACAGUGCCGUCAGGUCCUGAAGGUGACCAGUUCUUCAGGCUCUUGGCCAACACUCAGGGUCGCAGGCUGGAUGACCAGCGUGCAACUCUUCCAUCAGUGCCACAAAGUCAAAAUGGAGGAAGCACAUCAAAGUCUGGACAGGACUCAAACCACCUGUGUUACAUGGUCUCCAAAUUCCAGGGCUCCAGGAUGGACGAACAGAGGUGCUCUGCACCGCACAUCCUCCAGAGCCUUGGGACCCCAUCUGCCCAGAAGAAGUCCCAUUCCAGACCUGACACCCAGGCUCUAGAUACAGGCUUGGGCCCACUGAGCCACGCACCCCGGAGGUCAGCCUCCUUCAACCCCAUCCCCGAAAAAGAAAGACCUCACAGCAACACCAGCCACCACCAGCAGGCAGAGCAGGACAAGUUCUUCUCCAUGAUCAGUCACUCCCAGAGAGACCAUAUGGAUGAGCAGCGCUGCUCUAUAGACCCUAGCAGAAGCUCUCCCUCCACACCGAAAAACACCAGCCAUAUACCAACAGGUCCAGAUUCUGAGAGAUUCUUCAAACUCUUGGCCAAAACUCAGGGCCGCAGGCUUGAUGACCAGCGAGUUUCACUUCCCUCAUUACCAGGGAUACAGGGGACUUCCAGAAGUGCAAAUACAAAGGAUUCUUGUGUGGCACCUCAAAUCAUCCUGAGUGAGGGCUCUCCAGUUACACUCAGAAAGGUCCAGUCCAGACCAGCACCUCACUGCCAGACCUUUACUAAGCCAGUUUCUCCUAGAGGACCACCCAGAUCUGCCUCUUUUAGCCCUGCCUCAAAUUAUAUGAACACACAGAAUCCUCCAGCUCAGGUGACCUUGACAUUAUCCAUGAGCUUCACGCCACAACAGGGACGCAAGGCUGACAACCAGCCAUGCACAUAUCCAGAAGUCUUUCUCACACUCGGAGCCCCUGGAGAAGCUCUUGUCGUCCCGCUGAGUCCAGCUCCAGGAAGACCUCUCUCCCUCAACCUAAACCUGGUUCCAAAAGAGGAAAGUCAUUCAAGGCCCUCUUCCCCAUGCAAGGCAAUCCCAAGACACCCGAGCUCCCCAAGGCCUUCCCCUCCAGGAGCUAGUAAGCCGUCAUGCAUCAGACCUGUCUCACCCCAUCGGGAUGCACAGAGACGUCAUGCAACCCCAAGAAACAGUUCUCCUAUGACUAGCCCAAUAAGUCCAGAUGAAGACUACUUCUCCCUGAUACAGAGAGUUCACACCGCACAGAAGGGCUUGGAACAAGGGCAAGGAGAUAAGAAAGGAGUUCCUGGAAAGGGUAAAGGAAAGGGGGAUGCAGGGAAGGCAAAGGGAAAUCCAGGAAAGGGGGAUGGAAGGAAAGACAAGAAAGAAGGUGUCAGGAAAAGAUAGUAGCCUAACAAUUAAUUUAACGUUGUCUAAAUUUUGGGGGGCAAUUUUGCUAUUUGUUUGAAAAUAAAUAAAUACAACUUGUAUGGCUGUUUUAUUAUGUAGGCAAUGUGCAAGUAUUUUAUUUGGCACUGUUCAAUCUGAUGUAUUUUUGUGUUUUUAUGACGUGAACCAUGAGUCAAUUGAACAUUUCAUU